AUGGCACCCACGUUUGCCGGCUUGUAUGCCAUACUCGGGCUCGACGCUCGCUCAAAGCCUGGCCCAAAUGAGAUCAAGAAAGCCUUCCACGCGACAGCUCUUAGGCUUCAUCCUGACAAGAACCCGUACGACUCUCGAGCGACGGCGAAAUUCCAAAAUGCCGUCAAAGCAUACGAGAAGCUCCUGUCAACCUGUGUCAACAUUGAAGAAGAGCCUGAGCCAAAGGUUACAAGAUCUGAAGAACCAGAGGAGGAGGAGGAGCACGAUGUCCCGCGCGCAAUGCCAAAACGAAUGCGCAAUGCUUUUAAGAAGAGGACGAACAAGGAAGCAAACGUGAAACAUCAGGUCGAAGCUGGUGUCAACAAUGCUCAGAAACGCAGAGAGGAGGCCCUCGAAACCAGAGAGCUUCGAGACUUACAAGCUCGGAUUGAUAGUGAUUUGAAGAAAGUUUUAGAAGAGUCUCUUGGGCAAGAAGGCCGUGCGCUGUCCCAUCCUUCAGACAUCCACCGCCGAGCCCUUCUUCUCACCCGGAAGGAGCUGAACAAACAAAAUAGGAAGCAACGGAAGCCUACGUUAAAUGUUAAAGAUCCAGAGCUAGAGGACGUUGGGGUCACGAAGGCAGAUGCCCAAGAGUAUGCGACCAAGCUCAGAGCCCAGGAGCAAAAGGAUGAGGAGUUCAGGCUUUUCGAGUUGCCUCUGAACUACGUUCAUCCAUUCCACGAAGAGACAGAAGAGGAGAUGAGGAAGAACAGACGUCCGUCAUUCUUUGAAAGGGAGGAGGAGGUGAAUGAAAAGUCAAAAGCGUUGGCAGACAUGCUCUGCGAGUUUUGGGACGAUCGUGUUGGUGAGCACGGCAGUGCUUGCAACGAGAUUAAUUUCGAAAAGGCAUUCAAGGAUCUCAAAAAAUCGAGACCGGCCCGAGCUGCACACAAAGCUACCCGUGAUCCUGACGGAGACGAGUUUAAGGCCGCUGCUGUUGCACGCACGAGAGAAACCCUCGAAUCAAUGGCGAAAGACGAGGCGACGAUCGCGGAUUACGGUACUCCUCGUAGGCCUCCCCAAGAGCCUGUGCCUUCCAACGAUAACCAAUCUCUGGAUGAUUAUGUUCUCUCAGGUUCCAGCUGGGGAAGGAGGAACAAGAAAUCGCAGAACGAGAAGGACGAAGAGGAAGCUAGCGAAGAGGAUACCGAGGAAGUAAUAAACAGCAUGAGGACUGAAGGACCACGAAAGCUUGUUCAUGAGGGCAACAAUCUUUACAGAUGCACAGGUUGUGGAACAUUGCACUUUGUAACCGAACCAAAUGUUGUACCGAAAGAUUCUAUGGCUCGCUGUUGUAAGGUCCAGUUUGGUAAAAAGAGAUCUUCUCCAGGGAGGAGAGGAUUUCGAGGGCGAGGCUAA